UCAGUGAAAAUGUUCCAGCAGCAAAUAUAUAUUCUCUGUGUUCUUUUGGCUUUGGUGGCAGCAGUGGCAUCACAAGGAUCCAUACAAUAUUUCAAUAGAAAACAUCCUACCUUGGAAAAUCAUUGCUAUCAUGAUAUGCAUAAACUAUCUGUUAAGGUCCAUGAGACUGUAUAUCCCACCAAUGUGGAUUAUCAAUGCCUAAAAGCAACCUGUAGCGAGGAUUACACCAUGGAUAUUGCCUACUGUCCUCGAGGUCAACCCACCUGUGGCAAGAAGCCUGACUAUUCGAAACCCUUUCCGGAGUGUUGUAGCGAUUGCUAAUGAGCAUGGGUAUUAUAAUGUUUCUUUAAAAAAAUCCGAGGGAAAGAAAAAGUAAAUAAAAAGAUUCAAAAAUAAGAAAA